UCAGAAAACAACACAUCCACGGGACUGUUGAGAGACUUUGACGCAACACAAACACUCUCUCACAGAAGAGCCCAAAAUCAGGAAACCACAGCCAUAGACGGAGAUACCAUUAGAUAUAUAUUUAGUUAUUGACAAACAUACAAAAGAAGAAAGAAAUUCUCAAUUUCUGGGCCCACAAUGGAGACCGGCCAGUCCAGUGGAGCCCUAUCCGGCGACAAUCUCUCUUCCUUAUCAUCUACCCCGGCCACCAUCAUUUCCCGGUGGAGCUUCGCCGUGUGGCGGCGUUACCAGCACCUGCUUGAUAAGACGGUUCCUCAUAUCCUUUACCGAUGGAUCUCUUGUCUCUUCAUUGCGCUUAUCUAUGCCAUACGCGUGUACAUACUCCAGGGCUUCUACAUAAUCACAUACGGUCUUGGCAUCUACAUGCUUAACAACUUGAUAGGGUUUCUCUCUCCUCAGAUUGAUCCUGAGAUCCACGAUGGGCCCACACUCCCUACCCGUGGAUCCGAUGAGUUUCGCCCCUUCGUUCGCCGACUUCCCGAAUUCAAGUUUUGGUACUCUAUCAUCAAGGCUUUCAUCGUUGCUUUUAUCAUGACGUUCUUUGUCGUCUUUGAUGUACCUGUCUUUUGGCCAAUACUUCUUUUCUACUGGGUGUUACUUUUUAUUCUCACUAUGAGGAGACAGAUAAUGCACAUGAUCAAGUACAAAUACGUUCCAUUCUCUUUCGGUAAACAGCGAUAUGAUGGGAAGAAGCCACCUUCAAGUGACAACAUGCCCCUUCCUAGGGACUGAAUUUUUCAGGUGGAUUGUGUGAGGGCUUUGGAUGUUGUAGAAGUUAUUUUGACAAAUGACAGCUAAUCUUGGUGCAACGAGUGAUUAUCUUUGUUCCUCUGAUUCCCAGAUUUUUACUUGGCAAGCUUGCCCAUGUCAUAGAGGAUUUUACAAAGUGGUCCCUAAUGUUAUUUUCCAUGAAGAGCACGGUGUAUAGAGGGCAGCAUACUACAUUUCUUGAGCCAAAUUGUUAAUCUAACGACUUGUAGUUCAAAGAAGGAUAUGCCAGCCAAGGAAUGCAAAAGGAUUAUUGCUAAAAAUUGAGUUAUAAAUUGUUAUUUAUUUCGUUGAGAAAGCCUUGUUCUUAUUUAGAGAUGAGCAUUUUUUUAAUGUGAUAUUUCUCUAUCUUUUGGAUUGAUGUCUCUUGUCACAAA